GCCUGUGGCUGGGGGAAACUGAAGGGUUUCUUGGCAGGGAAGUGGGCAGAGGCAGAGGUUUGUCUGUGUGCCAAGGGAAGUCAGAUGAGAGUGAGAGAGGGCUUAGAGCAGAGCCCAUAUCUGCGUUCUGAGGGCACUUGCCUGCUGAAACAUCCUUUGCCUGACAGAGCUUCGAUGCUGCUCCUGCUGCCCUUGUUUUUCAAGGGACUUCUCUGCCAUGGGGAAAGCGCAGAGGCUCCCCAGGUUCUAGGACCCCAUCAUCCAGCUGCAGAAGAGCCCCCCUCCUUCCGCGUACUCCAGACUGUUUCCUUUGCCAACAGCAGCUGGACGCACACCGAUGGCUCAGGCUGGCUGGGCGAGCUGCAGACUCAUGUCUGGGACAGUGUCUCGCAUACCUUCCUCUUUCUGCGGCCCUGGUCUCGGGGCAACUUCAGCAAGGAGGAGCUGAAGAGCAUCCAGGCAGUACUGCAGCUGUACUUCCACGAUUUCCCUAGGGUGGUGCAGAGCUUUAGCAGGCAGUUUCAGUUCGAAUACCCCUUUGAGGCCCAGGUAUCAGCUGGCUGUUUAAUACAUCCUGGAAAGCCCUUGGAAGCCUUCUUAUAUGCAGCAUAUCAAGGAUCAGAUUUCCUGAGUUUCCAAGGAAACUCUUGGAAACCAUCUCCAGGAGCAGGGAGUCGAGCUCAGAACGUCUGUAGGGUGCUCAGCCACUACCGAAUUAUUAAAGAGGUCGUGCAGAGCCUUCUCGAUGACAUCUGCCCUCGGUUUCUGGCAGGCCUCCUUAAAGCAGGGAAGUCAGACCUAGAACGCCAAGUGAAGCCAGAGGCCUGGGUGUCCAGAGGCCCCGCUCCCGGCCCUGGCCGUCUGCUGCUGGUGUGCCACAUCUCUGGCUUUCAUCCAAAACCUGUGUGGGCGAUGUGGAUGCGGGGUGAGCAGGAGCAACGAGGCACUCAGCGAGGUGACGUCCUGCCCCAGGCUGACGGGACGUGGUAUCUCCGAGUGACCCUGGAUGUGGCGGCCGGGGAGGCGGCCGGCCUGAGCUGCCGGGUGAGACACAGCAGUCUAGGCGGCCAUGACAUCAUCAUCCACUGGGGUGGAUACUCCAUCCUCCUGACAGUGGCCUGUUUGACAGUGAUCUGUUUAGCAGUGAUAGUCACCAUGGUCAUCUUGGUUGUCGCUGACUUAUCCUCUAAAAAGCAGAGCUCAAAUCAGAAUGUCCUCUCUGCCCGUGUCUCCCACCCUGCUUGUCCCACAAGAGCCGACACCCAAGACCCCAAGAGUUCGGGACAUCAGCUCUCUUUGGCAUGGGAAUCGUGGAUCAAAAACAGACCCUUAAAGAAACUGAAAGCCAGCUUAAAGCAACUCUGGUGAUGCUAGUUUUACCUUCCAUAUAAAAUCCUUUUCUCCUUGUUUAAAAACAUGGUUCAUACCUAUAAACAAAGCAUGAUUUAUUAAAACAGCUUGCUCUGGUAGAGAUUCUGACUCUUUUGGAAAUCCCAUCUUCCAGCAAUAUCUUUUCUGCUUUGGCCACAUGUUCAUCCCUGAUCCUUCAAACUCUAAUUCAAAUGCCUUUUUCUUCAGAGCUUCCCUGAAUUGCUCACUUAAAAGCUGUAUGUCCCACACUGGACUGUUCUUCCUAAAUACACUCAUCUCUUCCUACCCUGAACAGUAACUUUUUUACAUUGCUGUGCUUUUCUCUCAUUUGCCUGAAAGUAAGAUUUAGGUGUUUAUAUUUGUGCCCAUGACAAAAAGUCUUCCCUGGAUUCAGGGCUAACUUCAUGGGCAUGUGACCUGUGCAGCUGUUGCCAUCUUGAAAUCUUACUCACUUUUGCAGGAGAGAUAGUGCAUUUUCAUUUCAUAUUGGCCCUACAAAUUACAUAGCUGGUUUGGCAGGAAUUAGAUACUUCUCAAUAAAUGCUGACUGAAAUAAAUGUAUUGUUAA